GACUGGUGACAUGCUAUGAACAUUACAAAUAUAAUCAUUUUACAUGGUUUCCGAUAUAUCAAUAUCUCUACAGUUCCACUUCCGUUUGGUUUUGUAUCCGUUUCCACAGCGUUCGGCGAUGCGUUUCAGCUGGGAACCGAACAAACCUACAGCUACUGGAACGAGGUCCGAAUUGGCAGCGCACGCAAUGCUUCCCACACCCUCGGCUACAUAGUCAAGGCCAAGAUCAAUCUCGGUACCGUUUGGGGUGAUGAUGAGCACAAACUGUUACGUUUGCAGAUCGUUGAUCCAGUUAUGUACACUACGCCUGGUAAUGUGAAGCACGUGACAACUUUAACGGACGUUAGCGCUUCGUCGUUCUACGUGCACUGGAACCUGGGUCAGAUUAAAAAAAUCUUCCUCAGUGAGGAAAGCGAUCUGUCGUUAAGCAACUUCAAGAAAGGCAUCGCUGCUUUCUUCCAGUAUCAGUUGCUGGAUGGAAAGUACAGCGAAGAAGAUCCAUCCGGAAAGUGUGACGUUUAUUACACCUCACAUUCGUCGACCCGAUAUCACAAGGCCAAGAACAGCUGUCAGUUUCCGGGAGAUCGACACGAACGUACCGAGUUUCCGUUGCGGAGUUUAGCGAGAACGGUUCGCAGUGCAGAUUUUACCGUUAGCACCGAGGGAACUUUGGAGAAGGUUAUGGCACAGGAUUACGUCAAAUAUCUGGUCAAUGCGUACGAUAACUUUGGCGCGUUUGUCGAAUCAACGAGUAAGCUAGAGAUUAUCGGAAACUCCGGAAAGGUCGACACAGUUCAGGGGGCUACUCUGGAAGAUGCUGUAGGAUCGCUGCAGCUGAAAGAAGAUAAUCUACUUCCGGUGGAAGUCGAGAAGGAAUGUUCCGGUGAAAACUGCGAUACUCUGGUCAAACUGGUAAAGGAGCUCAAGAAAGAUCUCACCAACGAAAAGAUCGGUAAACAACAAUCCUCCAGUGCGCUCAUAAAAUUGGUCCAGUUAGGUCGCGAGACGUCAACGGAAGAUUUUCAACGCAUCCUGAAAGCCAAGACGCUGCAAGAUCAAAAGGGACAGUUGAUGGAUCUGCUGGGGGCAAUUCAGACCCCGGAAGCUCACGAAGCUGCCAAGAGUUUGCUACGCUACGAAUCGGAUGAAGAGCUCGUCGUUGCCGAAAGGUAUUUGCAAGCGUUGGCCGUUGGAGCUCGGCCCCAAGAAGGUGUGAUUGCUGAUCUACUGGAAACAGCCACCAAUAAACCAAAGAAUGAUAAGUUUUACGACAGUUUAUUGCAAACCAUAGCUUCGAUGGCACAUCGAUUUGCCAGACUUCCAGGACAUUCGUAUGACUCUGAGAUAGUAGAAAAAGUGAAAGAUUUCCUUAUCGAGCAACUGGAACGUUGUGGGAAAGACAAGUGCAAGGAUAAGUUUGUGCGGGCCUUGAACAAUUUGAAAUCUCCAAAAACCUUGGAAACCCUGGUGAAACUGGCACAAGAAGGAAGCACCAAGGUCAGUGUCGCAGCCAUGAAGGCUUUGAGAUCGUUCUCUGUAUUCUUAUGGAACGACGAUUACAAAGCCAUAUUUGAAGACAUUUUCUUCCAAGUGUCUAAAAAGUACGAUUCAAGUGCCCGUGCUUUGGCUUUGGACAUUCUACUCGACUUAAAACCUGACUACGAAGAACUAACGCAUCUCGUCCAGCACCUCAAAAGUGAUGACAAGGUUUACGAGGUCAAGCAAUACCUUCUACAAAAACUGAACAUGAUUGCCGAUCGUUGUCCAGAUUUCGCUGAACUUCUGAAACGAGUCAUCAGAGAGGAUCCCAAAUUGAACAACUACCACGUGAUUGGAGCACGUGGUUUGUCAACAGCUCUAACAAGAACGUAUUCAACGGUUCCAUCGUUCAAUGCAUCAUUAGAAUCUCUACAAGAAAUGAGCGGAGGUGUUCUGAAGCGUGGACUCGUCGACCUGGGUUUAGAAGUUGGCGAAGAGAAGUUCAGCAUGUUCACGCUGGGUUUGUUCGCUGGAGGCCUUUCUUCAUUUGUCAACAGUGGCGAUGCCGAAGAGAAUGAAGACGAUUCAGACUCGAUUGCUGGCAUGGAAUUGAGCGUCCAAGGAUCCGUACUUCGACCGUUGAUCUUUUUCGACGGCAAGGGUGAACUGAUGGGUCACGUUUGGAGUGGGACAGCUUCGGAACCAACUCCUGCCUAUCAAGCAACGACUCUUCUCCAAGAUAACGAGGAACGAUUCCCCUUGCAGAAUGGGAUUGUCGUGAAGCUCAACACUUUGGGAGCUAUUUCGAUUGAUCUCAAUGGUCAGGUGACUUUGAGCAUCUGGGGAAGGAAUGCCCAUUCCAAAGUUGAACAAAACACUGGAAUCGCCGUAUCCGGUAGUCUGUCCCUCGAAUCUUCUUUCAUCGCUCUGCGAUUACACUUCGAGGUAACCCAGGAGCCCCAGCUUCAUCUCACCUCUGACCUAGAUUUCUCAGGAGAUAACGUACUCUGUAUGCAGCUUUUGCAGUCGAACAGCAUUCAGAAUCAACGACAUCAAAAAACUCUAACCAUUCCUAAAACUACCUAUCGGAAAGCACAAACAACCACCAUUACGCACAAAAUUCCCGGUCGAACGCACGCUCUCAACCAAAAGAACAACGACAUGUGCAAUCUGAUUGCUAAGAGCUGAUCCGCUAAGGUGAAACGAUCGGAAAACCGUACGGUUCCAAACCAAAAAGCAACCCGAUCGGCCACGAUAAUACUUCCAAAAAUUACUAUUUAGAAGAUGCGUUUUGUGUCGGAACCUGGUAGAAGAUUUGAUAAUUGAGCAUUUGCGAUUCGAAUGUGCGAAGAUUUGCGAUUGUUGUAAAAUAUAACUAGUAAGAGAUUGUUGAUUGGAAACAUAUUGAAAUAAAUGGUUGCAAAACAA